CUUUUACAACCUUCAAAGUCCGGAUUUUUCCUUCACUAAUCUAGUAAUCUUUGCUCCGAGCUCCGAGGGAAGCACCAAGUUCUCUCCUUUUUCUCUCUUCUGAGUUUGUUCGGUUGCCAUUAGUCUCUGUUCAUGCUUUGGGAGUUAGUUUUUACUGCUUGAAUUGGUCCUUGCUCAGCCAAAAAUUGAUGCCCUUUUGGUACUGGUUCUCAGAUCCAUGGAUGUUGCAGAUAAGCCUUCUUCUGGUUAUGCUCUUGGACCACCUUGGUCAUUCAAAGGAAGAGCAUUAUACCAACUUCACCUUGUGCGAGCAGAAACUGCUAGGCCUUUCAUACCGAAGGAGUUCAAACUAGUUCAGUUUUUUGGUUAUACGCUUGGAGGGUUCUUUCUCGCUCACUAUGAUGAAAGCCCAGCUGGAAUGUUUGAUGAGCUUGUCGUGAUAGCUGGCAUUGUAUGGAAUCCCCCAACUUCAUGCGCGUGGGCUGCUAGAGUACUCGUAAAUAGUCAUGAUGCUUGCAGUCAUGGACAGAAGGAAAUAGGGCUUCCAAGCCGUGUGGCCAUGUUCUCAAAGCAGAGAGCUCGAAUGAUGACAGAAACAGCAAAAAACAAACACAAUGGUUUCCUGGACAUAUUUGGCUUGGCUGCUGCUCUUCCUACACUAAGGGAGCAUUGUGAAAUUCGAGUGUCAGAGAUCAAUGAUUCUUCCUUAACGCAAUUAUGUAGCAUUAGCAUGCCGGCAGUUGUGCCAAAGUCAAAACCAAGCGGCGUGUGGAUGGGUCCCGUGAUACGGAUGUCACUUCCAAGCUUUAGUGGUCAAACAUUACACAAUCCUCACCUUCUUAAGUACUCUUGUCAGAUUCAAUGCAGGGUGCGAGCGGUGGAGGCAGCUAAGGUAUCAGGACCUCCCAAAAGAGGUGCAAAUGAAGACUCUGAUGAUGUUAACAUCAAUACUGACAACCUGAGUAUGAAAAAACAUGAAGAAGAUGAAACAUGGAGGCGAAGUAUUUCUGUCCUAUUAUCAAAGCCGAUCUUGGCUCUGGAGUUUAAUCUCCUCAAGAUGCAGGUGGAAGCUCCUACUGUAGUAGUUCCUUCUUCUAGAAAGAACGAGUAAAACAUUCUGCAAACAUCUCAAUCGUCAUAGGUUUGCCUGAGCUGUCUGGUGGUUCAUCAAUGUUGACAAUUUCUCAAACAUUUAGUAGCUAAGGAAAUAAUAUUUGGGACCGUAAAGCAGUAUAUUGAACUAUUCCAUUGUGGACCUGUGUUCAAUACUGCACAUGUAUUGUUAUUCUCAUUGUCCAAUAAAAUGAUAUAUUUUUCUAUUCUCCCCA